UAUACGUUCAUGCUUGACGUUUAGCAGAUCUCUAUAUAUAUAUAUUAAAAAAAAAAAAAAUUCCCCAUACAUGCAUAUAUAUAUACAUACAUACAUUAUUUUACAUUUGCUAAUAGACCUGCAAUUGAUUUAUCAAAAAAAAAAAAAAAAUUUAACAUUAUUUACUAUUUGUUUUUAUAUUUGCUGAUUAAUUUAUCAGCAAAAUUUGGAGAUUCAUUUUGGUUCUUUGCUGUUGGGGUAAAAAAAAAUGGCGGAUGGAUUCUUCAAUAAUAAUUGAGCCAGGAUGUUUGUUCAGUGUACAAUUGGAAUUUAUUGUGAUAAAGUGAAAUUUGUUGGAAAGUGUUGUUAAUAUUGUUAUUAAAUUAAUUUUUCUUCUUUUUUUUAAUCAAACAAAAAUUUGUUGAGAAUUAUAUUGGAAAAUUUAUUUCGAUAAAGUGGAGGUUUCAAUAUUUGAAGAAUAUUGUCAAAGGAUCGGCAGAAUGUUAGAACAUUUGAGAGGACAAACUACGUGGAAUCAAGGAGAUUCUAAUCAAAAUAUACCCCCGGGGCCUCCACUUCAAUUUCGACAAGUUGCGAACAAUAAUGUUGAAGGAACAACAGUAUCAGUGAAGACAGAAGUGGGAACAGGAGAACCAACAUGUGCGGGUUGUGGUCUCGUGAUUGUCGAUCGAUUUUUGAUGAGUGUAAGAGAUGAAAUGAGUAUUGACAGAAGUUAUCACGAGGACUGCCUUUCUUGUUUUCAUUGUGGUACAAUUUUAACAAAAUCAUGCUUUAUUCGAAAUUUAAAACUCUACUGCCGUUCUGAUUAUGAACAAUUAUUUGGUGUCAAGUGCGCGAGGUGUAGUAUUAUUAUUGGUGGCAAAGACCUUGUGAUGAGGGUGGCAGAUUUAGUAUUUCAUCUUAAUUGUUUUGGAUGUUACAUGUGUGGGCAACCCCUACCCACGGGAGCACAUUUUAUUCUUCGUCAAAAUCAACCUGUUUGCAGAAGAGACUUUGAACAUGAAAUGUACAUCAAUAGUCCACAAGAUGACGAAGGAUUGGAUGAAGUGAGACCACGAGAUGGAAGACGAGGACCUAAAAGACCAAGAACGAUAUUGACGUCGAUGCAGAGACGUCAGUUCAAAGCAUCCUUCGAAGUUUCUCCCAAACCAUGCAGAAAAGUUAGAGAAGCUCUAGCAAAAGAUACUGGACUCAGUGUUCGAGUUGUUCAAGUUUGGUUUCAAAAUCAACGUGCCAAAAUGAAGAAACUUCAAAGAAAAGCAAAAACUGAAUCUGGCUCCGAUAAAGAGCCAAAAGAGGAACGAAAAACCGAAAGUCCACACAGUGAUCAUAGUCAUUACAUGAGUGCUUUGAACAUGCGUGAUGGAGAGUCAUCUAACUUCUCAUCUGCCACUCAGCCUCUUAAUCCCAACAAUCCUUAUUCACCCGACGAUAACUACCCAGUGCAUUCGGGCGAAAGUUUCUGCAGCACUGACUUGUCCCUCGAUGGAACAGAAGCUGGCUUUGAAAUUGCAGAAAAUGAAACCGGUGGUCCAGAAAGCAGUCAUCAGGGAAGUUCCCAUUCCCUUCAUACAGGAACAACACAAGAAUCGCCUUCGUUGUCACAAAGUUUACAUGCAGCCAUUAAUAAUCCCAUUGACAAAUUGUAUAUGAUGAGUAACAAUUAUUUUAGUCCAAAUCACACAUAAUUUCACAAAUUUUCAUGUACAUUACAAUUUUAAAUUAUAUAUAAUUAUACAAAUAUAAAUAAUAUAAAUA